CCCCACCCCCACCUCCCCCGACUCCCUCUCUCUCUCUCUCUCCCUCUCUCUCUUUCUCCUUUCGCUCCCUCCCCAGUCCCAAUAAUCCAAUCUGGUCGUAAAGAUCAAGCGAAUUGGAAUUGGCUGUACUACAUACACUACUAUUUACUUACAAGAGCUGCUCUUUACUACAUCAUCGAUUCAUCAUAGCCCACCCAUCGAGUAUCGCUCCCCUCCCCCAUCUCUCCCAUUAGACCUGUCUUUGGCCCCGCUCUCGAGUAGCGAAACAGUCGUAGAGUACUUGUUUGGUAACCACCCUUCCGACUCAUCUCCGACUCUGCUGCUCCCCCUUCUUCCCCUCCUCCUUCUUCUUCUUCGGCCUCUUCAUCUGUUCCCCUCACCCGAUCGGCUGCGGGCAGGUCGGGCCUGUAGCAUCCUACGGGCAGCAUGCCUAAGGUUUCUGCCCGAUUCCGGAAUCGGAAGAUAAACUUUAGGACUCGGAUCACCAUCCAUACCGGCCCUCUUGAUACUCCCUCUGACCACGAAGAAGAUGAUUAUCCCUUUGAGGACGAUCGUCGGCAAUCUAUCGGCGGGCCUGCUACAGAUCGCAGUCACAUCGUCGAAACCGGGGUUGACAAGGAGGAGGAGUCCGAACUCCAUCUUCAAAAAGUCAUCAAUGCCUCCACCGCCGCACUCAUGCGCUCGGCAGUCAACCAACGUAAACCGGCUAGCCCCGGCCUGAUUGCCGAACUGGCUGAUACCGCUGCCCACUCAACCCUUGCCACUCAAUCCUCCACAACCAUCAACUCUAACAACAAUACCGCACCCAACGACUCAAACGUCCCCCACAUCCCUAUCCCUGAUGCUGCUGGACUCGUCGACCCAGCCACCUAUGAGGCACUCUACGCACACUCCAAAAUCUUCUUGCCUAGUUCCUACAUCAGAUUCAGUGAUACGGUCGAAGACACUCUCGGCGGUGUCGUGUACACCAUGGACGAGGAAGAUGAGGCCUGGCUGAAUCGUUUCAACUCGGAAAACAACGCGCCUCACAGUGAUCACAAUCACAAGGGUGGCUCGACUCCGGACGAGAAUGGUAAAAAUCGAAGGACCAACUCGCGGAAGGGCAAAGAGAAAGAACGCUCCGUGACGGAAACCGACGGCCCGGGUCAUCUUGCCGAGGAUGAUUUUGAAGCCAUAAUGGAUCAUUUUGAAAAAACUACUGAAGAAACUGUCCCGGGCUUGCAUCUGGACACCAACCGCUUACCGUCCCUCGCGGACUUGGAGCCUUCGCUAGAAUCUCCGCUGAUUUCACAGCGAUUAUCUUCUGUCAAGAUAUUCGCCAAAUUUGUAUAUUCACAUUGGAAGGAGCGCCGGCUGAAGCGCGGUGGCAAACCAAUCAUGCCAGCUGUUGACUUUGACGAGACAAAUGAGAGUAAUCCAUACGUCUGUUUCCGUCGACGGGAGAUAAAGAUGGUUCGGAAGACGCGGCGAACAGAUACCCAAAACAUGGAUCGUCUCGUACGUCUUCGGAACGAUUUGUACAAAGCUCAAGAGCUUUUAAAUACGGUACUUGCUCGGGAACGGACGAAGAGAGAAGCUGUUGAGCUCGAGAAAGCUAUCUUUGAGGGCCGUUGCCUGAUUCGUGAAAUGAAACGCAGCUUGAAUGAAGCGGAUGGUGAUGAGGAGCUUCUGGUCAGUAAGAAGGAGAAGAGGCGUAAGCGAGAACAAUCCGGGAACGGCACACUCAAGAGUCCGCUGCGAAACGCGGCUGGGCCUAGCCUAUCUGGCACCGGCUCGGCUGGUGCAAGCGUACUGGAAGAUGUACAAUUCUAUCGAGACCAAGCCAGAGCUUCGACCAAGCUCAUGGAGCGAGAUUACAACAGGUGUCGAGAAGAGCAGAACGGCUGGGAAGAUCUGACUGAUUCGGCCCAUCUGCCUAUGCCGCUGUCAGCAGCUGCUCUGAGGUGGCGUGGCGCAGUUUCUUCGGACCCCCAUCUUUCCUCCAAAUCAAACCGGGAGGCUACAGUCAAUUUUGAGCAAGGCCUUUCUACUGCUCCAUCGGUUAUGGAACAUAACCAAUUUAGGAAACGAGUAGGAAGAGGUGGACGUCUUUUCCUCGAUCGUAUCGUUGCUCCCCGCCAAAGGAGAUGUACGAGAGCUUGGUUGGACGCUGAGUUGGCGGGUGAUUCCGAGGAGAGUGCUCGGGAUCGGAGAUUGACUGAUCGCUGGCGGUAUGAUGACGAUCUCCGUCAAGACUUCCCGUCGACCGAUUAUCCGCAUAUCAUUGACGAUUAUAACGUGACCUACUCGGCGAGGCGUAGUCAACUACUAGAUCAAGAUGAUCUACAGUAUCUAGAUCCACCCGGUGAAGUCUACUUGGCCAAAGUCGCUGAAUAUUAUGAUCGAGCGCCCCAGCCGGAGCCAACGAUUGUCAAGGUCGGCAAACUGCCUAGUAAAGUGGUUCCCAAUCUAUACGGGGCCGGUCUAGGUUGUCCGACCUUCCCUUCCUCUGGGCCGGCGGUGACGAUGCCUGAGCAACUCUUAGCUGCACAUGCUUCUGCACAGGUCCCUAAUCUCAGGCUGAAUCCUACGGGGAAGAGAGCUACGCCCAACGGUACCGGCCCGGCCGUUAAUAGGACUCCUACCUCUACCCAAGCUUCCACUCGAACCCGAAAGAAUCCGUCUGUCAACGGAUCACCGACGGCAAAUGCCAAUGCCAAAUCAUCUUCUCUCCAGGGCCAGCCCCCGAUUCAACAGAUGGUCUGGUAUUAGUUUUAUUUUAUUUCAUCUUUUAUUUAUUCUUCAUAGGGAACUCGCCCCACGGUAGACAAAGUAAUUUACACUAGGUGUUGUUGUCCUUGACCAGACUUUGUGUUGUUGACAAGCUGAACUGAUCUUGAUGCUCCUUUGUGAUGAGGAAAUCAUAUUGCUUGUAAGAGAUUGUUCGACCGGGAGGUUUCUUUUCGUAAUCCCACAUAUAUAUACAUAUGUGGGUCAAUGUGAUGAGUAAAUACUUUGUAUACAUGUUCAUAUGAUCAAGUUGGAUUUCGUGUGUGUGUCAGGCGAAUCUGCAAGUCACUUGAGCUCUGCGUUUCCUUGAUUUGAUGUUAGUGCUGGGACCAUUUGGAUCUUUGGACUGAAGCUUGAAGUCGCCUUACCCCUCACAGCCCACGCCUCAC